ACUCAGUUUAUCCAUUUGAUUCUCUGCAAACGAAUGGCUGUGACAAAGCGACCUUGCCCUUAGUCACCAUUCUUCAACUGAUUCGAACGAGCCUCAGUGGAAGAAGGUAAGAACUUAGAACCCAUCUUAUGCUGCUUCCUCAAUUAUUCCUGUGACUAAUUAUUUGAAAGUGGGUUUUCCUCUUUGGCUUCAAAUUUAUGAGAAAUGAUUAGCACUUGGCCCUUCAAAGUCAACCACUUGGUGGUUCCUUGCUUUGAAAUAGGCCCUUCUGGUGUUACUGAUCUGAAUAGGAGAAGGAGGGUGAAACAGGGUAUUAUUUUUUCUGUUUCUCAUAGUUCAAAAGUUAGUGUUUCUCAAUGUUCAAGAGGGUAUGGGACUGUGGUCUUUUCUGGACAUGCAAAGUUGGAUUUGAGAUGUGGGAUUUUGUUGGGAUUCUCUAAACCCAAAUUUGGUAUCAUUUUCAAGCCACACAAGAGUCAUGUUGGAGACUUAGCUCCACCCUUGGGGUGGGCACUGGAUGAGGAAGGCGUUGGGAGUGAAUUGGUUGAGGAGAAUAUUGAUUCUGAUGAUUCAUCGGUUAACAGUGAGUCGAAGUGUGUAAACUCUUUGAAUUUGGAUCAUGUUAAGGACAGUGACCAUGAAGGAAAAAUGCGUGGUGAUGACAAUAGCAAGGAAAGUGGUGGGAGUGAAUUGGUUGAGGAGCAGACUGAUUCUAAUGAUGCAUCGGUUAACAGUGACUUGGAGGGUGUAAUGUCUUUGAAAUUGGAUCAAGUUCAGGAGAGUGACUGUGAAGUAAAAAUGCAUGGUGAUGACAAUAGCAAGGAAGGUGCUGACGAAGAGUGUGAUGGUAAGGUUGAUGUGAGAGCACUUGCCCUGAGAUUGCAGACCGUGAAGACAGUGGAGGACGUGGAGGAGAUUCUUAAGGACAAGGGGGACUUGCCCCUGCAGGUGUUUUCGACGAUAAUCAGUGGUUUUAGUAAAGAGAAGAAAAUGGAUUCUGCAUUGAUUCUUUUCAACUGGAUGAAGAAGAGGAAGAUAGAAACCAAUGGCUCUUAUGGCCCCAACCUUUUCACAUAUAAUGGUCUAUUAGGUGUAGUCAAACAAUCUGGUCAAUUUGCAGAAAUGGAAGCUAUUCUUAAUGAAAUGGCUGAAGAUGGAAUUGCCUAUAAUGUUGUGACAUAUAACACCUUGAUGGCAAUUUACAUUGAGAAAGGAGAGUGUGACAAAGCUCUCAAUAUGCUUGAGGAGAUCCGUAGGAAUGGCCUUACUCCAUCCCCUGUAUCCUAUUCACAAGCCUUGUUGGCAUAUCGGAGGAUGGAAGAUGGCAAUGGAGCUCUAAAUUUCUUUGUUGAGUUUAGGGAAAAAUACCAUCAAGGUGAAAUAGGAAAAGAUGAUGAUGGAGAAGAUUGGGAGAAAGAAUUCAUGAAGAUAGAGAAGUUCACGAUCCGUGUUUGUUAUCAAGUAAUGCGCUGUUGGCUUGUUAGUCGUGAUAACUUGAGCAACAACGUGUUGAAGUUUCUUUUUGAUAUGGAUAAUGCUAGGAUUCCACUACCGCAGGUUGAUCUUGAGCGGCUUGCAUGGGCUUGUACCCGUGAAGAUCACUACAUUGUUGUGAAAGAGCUGUACACCCGGAUAAGAGGAAGGUAUGAUAAGAUCAGCUUGUCUGUCUGCAACCAUGCAAUUUGGUUGAUGGGAAAAGCAAAGAAAUGGUGGGCAGCUUUGGAGAUAUAUGAAGAUUUAUUGGACAAAGGGCCAAAACCAAAUAACUUAUCAUAUGAACUGAUAGUCUCUCACUUCAAUUUUCUUCUCAGUGCAGCCAAGAGGAAGGGAAUUUGGAGAUGGGGUGUUAAGUUGUUGAACAAGAUGGAGGAUAAAGGCCUGAAACCUGGAAGUAGGGAAUGGAAUGCAGUUCUUCUGGCCUGUUCUAAGGCUUCAGAAACUACUGCAGCGGUGCAAAUAUUCAAGAGAAUGGUGGAAAAUGGUGAAAAGCCCACUAUAAUAUCAUAUGGGGCUUUAUUGAGUGCUCUUGAAAAGGGAAAACUCUAUGAUGAUGCUCUCCGUGUGUGGAACCAUAUGGUCAAGGUUGGGGUUGAACCAAAUGCAUAUGCCUACACAAUUAUGGCUUCGAUUUAUACUGCCCAAGGAAAUUUUAAUAGGGUUGAUGCCAUCAUUCAGGAGAUGGUAACAUUAGGAAUUGAGGUAACAGUGGUGACAUACAAUGCAAUAAUCACUGGCUGUGCACGUAAUGGUAUGAGCAGUGCAGCGUACGAAUGGUUUCACCGAAUGAAAGUUCAGAACAUCUCUCCCAAUGAGAUAACUUAUGAAAUGCUGAUUGAGGCCCUUGCAAAUGAUGGAAAGCCAAGGCUGGCAUAUCAAUUAUACACGAGAGCUAAAAACGAAGGCCUUACCCUCUCUUCAAAAGCUUACGAUGCAGUUGUCCAAUCCUCACAGGCUAAUGGUGCAACCAUUGAAUUAGGUCUUUUAGGACCUCGCCCUGCUGAUAAAAAGAAGAAAGUGCAAAUUAGAAAAACAUUGAAUGAAUUCUACAACUUAGCUGGUGUUCCCAAAAGAAGUCAACCGUUUGAUAGAAGUGAAAUUUAUCACUCACAGACACAAGAAAAUCCAUAAAGAAUUUAUAGUACAUUUAAAUUACCAUAGUCAAAUAUUAUGUAACCUCUGUACAUUCUGCUGUCAUAGCUUGAGAUUUUUUGUAUCCGUAGGCCAAGAAGGUAAAAGAAUCACAGUCAUGUUUUCUUCCACUACUGUUAGCAAAAUAGAGAUGCAACCCUUUUUUGCGGAACUUUUUUAGAUUAUGGCUCAAAUUCUACUCAAAUAUUUGGGAGGACAUAGAAGUUUGUUCCUCUUGAGAAUUUUUUGUGUUUCAAUGUGUGUUUUCUCUUAUUGAGAUUUAAAGUCAAAACAACUGUUUAAAAGUGAUGA